AUGGCACCAGACUCUAAGCCCGGAGCGUCCUUCGACGCGGCCUCCAUCUCCACCUCCACCUCUUCCAUCAUGACCGACAAAGAGAAAGCACAGGCAGAGGCACAUGCGCAGGCCAACAAGAAACCUUCACUACUCAAGAGAGCCGUCACAGCAAUCAAGAACAUCGAGCCUCCGGAGCCGAGAAUCCCGCCUGGCCGACGUGAGAAUAUGCCGGCCUGGUCCAGAUGA